AUGAGAAAGCAUGGAAGGAGUGCUCAAGACAUAACUCAGACUCAUAUUGAUUCUUUUGAUUAUGCUAUGACAGAAGGACUCUUGCAUCUAUGCGAAAGGUUGCUUCCAUGUGAAAUUGAAUUUCCUGAAAAUUCAGAUGUCGGAAUGAGAGUCUGCAAGAUUUGGUUUGAGAAUUUAUGCUAAAUUAUUUAAAAUACGAUUGAUUUUGAUAUCCAAAUGCCAUAAUAAAAUUUAAUUUAAAUAUUCCGCUUAUGAUAUUUUAUUAAAUAAACCAAAAAAGCUUACAUUUAGGACGUCCUUACAAAGCACCUCCAACAGAAGGAAUUCAAAAAGAGCCAAGACUAUUCCCAACAGAAUGCCGUCUAAGUGACUCCAGCUACGCUGCACCUUUAGUAGCUCAAGUAGCUUGGCAAAUCGACAAUUUAUCAAUUGACAGAUUCAAAGUUAACCUUGGAAAUGUCCCAGUUAUGGUCAAAUCCGAGUUCUGCCACCUCUCCAAAAUGAACCAAGAAGAAUUAAUCAAAUUAGGCGAAGACAUUCAAGAACUUGGUGGCUAUUUCAUAGUAAACGGAGUCGAAAAAAUCAUCAGACUUCUUAUCAUCCAAAAGCAAAACUACCCACUCGCAAUUGUCAGAGGAGCUUUUACAAAUCGUGGGAAGAUGUAUACACAAUUUGCUGUGGUGAUUCGCUGCGUUAGAGAUGAUUUAUUCACACAGUCAGUCACUGUGCAUUAUUUGACUGAUGGAGAUUGCAAUGUGAGGUUUAUAUUAAGAAGAGGGGAAGUGUUUAUUCCAGCAAUUAUCAUUUUGAAAUGCUUAUAUUAAAUUAUGCGAAUUUACAAUAAAUAAAUAUUCAUACUGAUAGCUUUUGUCUUAUUAUUAUAUAGUAAAAGGAUAUGCCUAAUCUCUAGAAUAAAUCUAUUUAUUAGAAUCAGACAUAGACUAUAUAAAAAAUCAAAAACAAUAAUGCUCUUUAUAGAAAAAAAAAUUUUUGGGGAAAUUGUGUAUUAUUAAAAAAUAAAAAUUAAUAUAAAAUAGCAUAAAAGAUAUCACUGAUCUAGAUCUAUAUAAUAGACUAGUAAGAGGGUCUUAUUCAUCAAACCAAACUUAUAGCAGAGUUGAAGUGCUUAUAAGAACAGCAGCAAAGCUUGCAAUUUUUACAAGAGAGUCAGCAUUGAAGUAUCUUGGCUCAAGAGUAAGGAAAAUUAUGAAUCCUCCAAGCUAUAUGGCAGAUGAGCAGGUAGGAGAACUUGUAUUGAGAGAGCAUGUAUUCGUGCAUACUGAUAAUGAUAACGAUAAGUUCAAUUUGCUAGUCCUCAUGAUUGAAAAGCUAUAUGCUCUAGCCGAAAAUGAAAUUUCACCAGAAAGCGCUGAUGUUUUGAGCUCACAAGAAUUUUUACUGCCAGGGCAUCUUUAUUUGAACAUUAUGAAGGAAAACCUUGAAAACACCCUCGAAUCUGUUAAAGUCAGAAUUUUAAAAGAAGCUCCUAAGCAAGGGAUUAAAAUCCGUGAUAAAACUUAUAUCCAAAAAAUCCUUGAACAGCAUGCUAAUAUUGGGAAAAAGCUUGAAUAUUUCUUAGCUACAGGAAAUUUGAUAAGCAGAACUGGCCUUGAUCUAAUGCAAGCUGCAGGUUUUACUAUUAUUGCAGAAAAAAUCAAUUAUGCUCGAUACCUUUCCCACUUCCAAAGUGUCCAUAGAGGUUCUUAUUUCAUAGAAAUGAAAAUUUCAAGUGUCAGAAAAUUGCUGCCAGAGUCAUGGGGAUUUUUAUGCCCAGUUCAUACACCUGAUGGUGCGCCUUGUGGGCUUUUAAACCAUCUUUCGUCUACAUGUGUGCCUGUCUCAAAAAAUCUAGAAUUUAAUAAAAAAGAAGUAAUUGACGUGUGCCAUUCGCUAGGUAUGAGACUCAUGUCUAGAGAAGAAAUCACAAUUUUUCCUGUGGAAUAUAUACCUGUCAUGCUUGAUGGGUGUAUUAUUGGAUAUACUAAUGAGCCAGAAGAAUUUGAGAAGAAAUUGAGGCUGGAAAAAAUUAGAGAGACUAUUCCGAGAACUAUGGAAAUUGCGUAUUUAUCAAGGAAACCGUUAUUUUUGGGGAUUUUCUUGGCGACUACACAGGGGAGGUUGGUUAGGCCUGUAAGACAUAUAGAAACAGGAGAAAAAGAUUGGAUUGGGCCUUUAGAGCAAUUAAACUUGUCAAUAGCAUGUCUUCCUAAGGAUAGAAAACCUGAGACAAGUCAUGAAGAAUUUUCGCCACUGAACAUGCUAAGCAUUUUGGCUUGCACAACUCCUUUUUCUGACCACAAUCAGUCUCCACGUAAUAUGUAUCAAUGCCAAAUGGCUAAACAAACAAUGGGAACUCCCUUAUACAAUUAUAUAAUUUUAAUAAUAAAAAAACCAAAUAACGAUCAAUUUGAUAUAAAUCUUCAAUUACCUUGUAAAAGCAUAUCAAUUCAGAAAUGAUAACAAACUUUAUCGACUCACGAUGCCUCAAAAGCCCCUUGUCUCCUCAAAAUGUCGACAAGUCCGCAGAAACGGGUUUGAAAAAUACCCAUCAGGUACCAAUGCAGUAGUUGCUGUCAUUUCUUAUACAGGCUACGAUAUGGAAGAUGCUAUGAUUGUUAACAAAUCAGCAUAUGAAAGAGGAUUUGGCCAUGGGAUUGUCUACAAAGCUAAUAUAAGAGAUCUCAACACCACAAAAAAAGAAAACUUCUCAUGGAUCCAGUCUGAAGCAGCCAAAAAAGAAGCGACCGAAAAAGGCCUUGACACUGAUGGUCUUCCUUUUGUAGGCCAAAAUGGGAUUUCCCAACAGCCUGAGCUGCUGCUCUUUAACGGAGUUACCAGUUCCAACAAAACUUUUUCUUACAAAGAUAUGGAAAAAUCUACAUAUGACGAUAUUAAAAUCAUCGGAACCGACACAAGGGAAUUCAAAGUCAAUUUCAAGUACCGUUUUCAAAGAAACCCUAUUAUUGGGGACAAAUUCAGCUCAAGGCAUGGACAGAAAGGAGUCCUUUCAGUUUUGUGGCCACAAGAAGACAUGCCAUUUACUGAAGAAGGCUUAACACCUGAUGUUAUUAUUAACCCACAUGCAUUUCCAUCUCGUAUGACUAUUGGAAUGCUUAUUGAGUCUAUGGCAGGAAAAGUGGGAGCUAUUAAAGGAGAAUUCCAAGAAGCAGCACCUUUUCAAGAAAAAGAUAAGGUAGACUAUUUUGGAAAACAGCUACUAGAAGCAGGGUAUAGCUAUUAUGGAAGCGAAACUAUGUAUUCAGGGAUAUUUGGCACUGAGAUGAAGGCGGAAAUAUUUUUAGGAGUCGUGUAUGCUAUAUACAUAUCAAUAUUUGUUUAAAAAAAUUAAUUUGUAAUUUCUAUUAUUAUGGAUUCUGUACCAGUUUAAACAUACUGGAAAUAUAGUUAAUGUAUAUUGAUAUAUUAUCAAAGACUUCGUCAUAUGGUUGCUGACAAGUAUCAAGCUAGAUCUACAGGGCCUGUUGAUAUUUUAACACAUCAACCUGUCAAAGGUAGAAAACGACAUGGAGGAAUCAGACUGGGAGAAAUGGAAAGAGACUCUUUACUUGGCCAUGGGGCUUCAUUUUUACUAUACGAUAGACUCAUGAAAUGUAGUGAUUACAGUGAAGGAUAUUUAUGUAAAAAAUGUGGAAGCAUUUUAGGCUGCUAUUUAGUAAAAGGAAAAGAAAAAGCAGUUUGCCACGCAUGCCAAGGAGAAGGUGUAAAGGUCGCGUUACCAUACGUAUUAAGAUAUUUAUCAAACGAGCUAGCAGCUAUGAAUAUUAAACUGGGUUUUAAGCACACACUUUAA